GCCGAAGCAACGCAACAGAGACAAUGCAACGCAACGAGCACCGCUUGCUUUCGCGCCCAUCACAAGUUUUGCCGGUCAACUGAAACCCCAGCAAAACAAACCUCCAGUGUCGCGACAAAGGUCGAGAAUCCGUCUUAAAAGUCUAAAAAUCCUUCAUCGCAACUAUGCCGAGACCCAAGAAGGACGUUUCGGGUGCCGAUGGCGCCGAAAAGAACGAGGAGACCGCGGUGGCGGCAACCUCCGACGGUGAAGCCGCCGAAGCCAGCAGCCCUGGCAAGAAGCGUGGCCGCAAGCCUGGCGUCACCAAAAGCAAGGUACCCGCUGAACCAACGAGGGAUAGGAUCCCCCGAGGUGCCAAGGCAGCCGCCAACAUCAAGUUGGCCGAGAAGGACGAGGUUGAGGCCAAGCCAAAGAAGGCCAAGGCCGCUGGCGGCUCCGGUAAGGGUCGCGGAAGACCCAAGAAGGUUGAGAAGGAGGAGGUCUCUGAUGAAGAGGACGAGGAAGAAGAUGAGAAGGAAGAGUCUGAGAAAGAUGAGGACGAGGAGGAGGCUCCCUCUAAGAAGGCUAGGGCUUCAGAGUCUGCAGGCGAAGAGGAUGAUGUGGAAGAGACUCAGUCUGCUGAUGAAAAUGAAAUGGUGAUUGCGGUUCCAAAGCCAAUUGGUAGCCGUUCUACCCAAGAGCCUAAGAACAAAAAUAAGCCAAAGAACAAGAAGAUUGCCAAGAAGGCGGGAAACCCUGAAGGUGAGGAAGAAGGCCUGAGAGCUGAGGGGGAUGAGCACAAAGCUUUGGCAGCUGCUGUUGAGAUUCAAGCAAGCACAGCUGAGGUGGAGAAUCCCAAAAAACCCAAAAUAAAUAAUAGAUCAAAGAAGUUAGCCAAGCUUGUUGAGGAUGCUAUUGAACCUACUGAGCAGCAAGCCAAUCAGGAGAUGGAGGAACCUGUUGAUGCCAUUGCAGAGACUCAAAAGAAUAAGAAAGGGAAGAAUGUGAAGAAGGAUGCCAAGACGAAGCCAGUGCCUUCAAAGCCUUCUGGGGAGGAAAGCGCUACAGCUGAAGAGAAGAAGGAAGAGCCUGCCAAAGGAAAAAAUGAGGGAAAAGUUGCUAGUACUAAGACAAUCAAAGAUCAGGGGGACAAUCAAGCUAAAGAGCCUGAAAAAGAAACUAGUAGUAAGGGAAAUACCACAAAGCAGCAGAAAGGACCUUCAAAAGCUGCUUCCAAGAAGGAAAAGCCAGUCAAUAUAGCUGAAGAUGAUCACAUUGAAGAACCUCCUGCCAAGAAGAAUGCUAAGGAAGAAGAUUCUAACAUGCAUGCCGGAGGCGAUUCUGAUAUUGCUGCAAAGCCGACACUUCCUGCCAAGAAGACAGCUAAACAAGCAACGAAGAAGGAAGAAUCUGAGAGCAAGACUGCCAAUGGCUCCUCCACUAAUGGUGCAAAGGCCAAGGGCAAGAAGGCUGCCAUCGAAGCCUGCAAAUCAUGAUCAGUAUUUAAGCGCAAAGCGCUGGAGAUUGGCAGCGUUUUGCAAGAAGCUUAUCCUGACCUGGAGUUGCUUAUCAAUGAAGACAAAGCCCCUCGCCGUGGUGCUUUUGAAAUUGACCUGAUCCUGGGAGAAGAACGCCACUCCCUCUGGACGGGACUCAAGAAAGGACCUCCGCGUAAGGAUAAGUUUCCAGAACCUGCCGCAGUUUUGAACAUGGUGAACAAACUCCUCCAGUAAACAGCCGACCACUAAAUCCAUGUAUGCCCUGGCAGUGGAUUGUUGCAAGUUGACGCACUCUGCACACUUUUAAUCAUCCUGAAUCUCGACUCUGCAAAGUACAAAAUCAAAAACUUAACCACUUUUUACUUUUUAAUGACAAAAAUUAUUUCGGCCAGUUCAAAAUCAAACUCGCUUUCUCUAAAGGGUCGCAUGAUUUUUUUUAUUCGAUUAUGAACAAAUUUUCUUGCGGCAAGUGAGAUUCAAAGAAGGGGCUCACUGACGUUUCGAACUUAUGACGGCGGGCUGGGAAAGACCUUCAGUCUCCCAACCUGCCUGACGCAUUCGGACGCUCAGUGGCCAGCUUAAUUAUUUCUCCUGCCAUUGCCAGGGCAUGAAGCAUUUUAAAAAGUUUUUUAAGUACAAUGAUGUGUGAGUAGAAAACUGUUCAGUGUCUAUUAUCCCAUAAACUGAUGAUCUUCAGCUGAAUAAGUGCGUGCAAGCUGGUCAGAGGUUUUAAAAAGCGAUCAGUACUUGUUCUAAAUGUCAAUUUGCUCACUUCUGCAUUCACAUCCGUUUGUUCUUGUGUGCGAGCGCCCCCACUCCGUGAGGAUAAGUAACUUGUUUUUUGAAAAAGGAUCAUAAUAACAAACCAGGCGCAUUUUAUAUGGUGUUAGACUCUAGAAUUAAUUAGUGUAUUUUCUCAAUUUCAUUUGCACAAAAAUAAAACGUUGUAUUAGUAAUGCCAAGAAAA